CAUCAUAGAAGAAGAAGUAGUUUCGUUUCAUAGCGAGUGCUUUGGGACGGACAUUUUCCACAACUACCUUGCGCUCUAGUCUACUUUGAGCCACAAAGGCAACAUUUGUGAAGCCAGUCUAAAAGGAGUUGGCAACGUUUUUUCGAGAUUAUUAUUCCUUGAUGGCCUCCAUCGUGCCUGCAUUGGAUUUGGAAAGAGAAAUGCAGCUGAUGAAGCUCUUUCCAGAACCUAUCCGGCUUCACAUGCUCUACAAGGGAACCCACCAUGGAUUUCAAUUGACAACCAUAUUCUCCAAAUUCGACAAAGUUGGAAGAUUCAUACUUUUGGUGUAUUUAGAGUCAGGGUCGGUAAGAGGGGGCUACCUAAGCAAACCUCCUAAAGCGAAACAAGAGGAUGGGGAUGCGUUUCUCUUUGAGCUAAGUCCGCAUAGUGUAUCCAAAUAUUCACCACAGGAUUGUUCAAAUGCAGUAGUUUGUAGGCCAGACAUGUUAUCAUUUGGUGGGUGCCUAACAUUGCAAAUGAUUCAUGAAUUAGACUAUUUGCUGAAGUUAAACCUUGCAUCUGAUGAGAGUUACACACGAACUGAGUGGGUUGAAGGUAAACAUACAGCAUUUGUGGAGGUGGAAUUGCAUCGUGUUCAAGGUGCUGGGAGUGUGCUGCUUACCGGCCCUUGGAGGAUCCUGGCAUGGACUGAGAAGGACAGGGAUGCUCUGAAGGAGAAUCUGGUCUCCUUCAAACCAGCCUGCCAGUCUCUGAAGCGGGUCAGGGUUCUGCUGCUGGGUCCUGCUGGGUCAGGAAAAUCCAGCUUUAUUAACUCUAUCAGAUCUGUGAUGUAUGGGCAAGUUGUUCUGCUGCCCAAUAUUGGCAUUUCUGCUGAGGGCUUUACCAAGAGGCUCAAAUGCUAUGACAUCCGGUCAGAGAGAGGGGGGAAGCCCACAGCUCUGACCCUGUGUGAUGUGUUGGCUCUGGGGGACGGUGAGACGACUGGCCUGACCCUCCCAGACGCACUGGCUGUCAUCAACGGGCACGCCCCCGAGGGAUACAAGUUUCAAAGUGAAGCCCCCAUUGAUGCCAAGUGUGCAGGCUACAGACCUGAGCCAUCGAUGAAGGAUAAAAUCCAUUGUGCGGUGUUUGUGCUGGAUGCCUGCCAAGUGUUAACCUACAGUGAGGGCCAGCAAACUACAAUGAGGAGAUUCCAUUCUGAGCUGUCAGACCUUGACAUCCCCCAGGUAGUUCUGUUGACCCAUGUGGACCAAGUGUGUCAUGCCGUCCAAGAGGAUGUGAAGUUUGUUUACACCGGCCGCAUCCUACAGGAGAAGGUUGUGUGUGUGUGUGUUCUGAAGGUUAGAACUGGUCUAGCAAUUUUGAGGUUACAUUUCUGCUUCUUCCAACAGAUGCAGAAAGCAGCAGAGGUGGUGGGGUUGUCUGUGUCCCAUGUGUUUCCAGUGAAGAACUACUCCAGUGAACUGUCUGUGAGCUGCAACACUGACAUCCUGCUGCUGAAUGCAGUUCAUCACAUUCUUCAAGCCGUGGAUGACACAUUUGAAGACUACUGCCCACCAUCUCCCUCUCCUUUAUCUACUGGUCCCCAGCAUUCCACCUCAACUCCAGUCACUGUUUAGAAUGUGUUCCAAGUAGGCUAGUGUGUGUGGCCAGUCGAUGUCAAAAAUGAGUAACACCUUUUUCACAUUUUUACCUCACUGACAUGGUGCAAAUGCAUACACUCAACACCAUAUGUAUUUGGAGUGUGAAGCGAACAUUUAAAAUGUGGCUCUAUACUCAAAGAUUUUAAUUUGAGAUUAAAUGCUUCAUGAGUCUUCUCUUUUAUUUGAGGGUAUUUUCAUAUCUCUUUUACCAUUUGUAAAUGAAAGCACUUUAUGUAUAUCGUCCCUCCAUUUUGAAGUCCUGAGGAAUUUGACCAAAUUCACUUAAUUAAAAAAUGUUCACAAACACUCAAAUAAAAUGCCUCCAGUCAUCAUUCACCAUUCAGUUCCUAUUGGACAAAACGUUUGCGUCGAAGGAAUUUGUAGCAUCACAAGCUUGAAGUCAUUUCGUGCUAGGAAUAUGGGACCAAAUAGUGAAAUUUUGACUUUUAAUGAAUUAUUAUUGAAAUUGUCUUAAUACUUGACUUCUAAUAAGUUGACAAAGGAGAGUGAUGGAGUGCUGCGUCAGAUGACCUGACCUCAACCCAAUUGAGAUGAUUUGAAAUGAGUUGGACCGCGGAGUGAAGGAAAAGCAGGCAACACAUGCUCAGUAUAUGUGGGAACUCAUUCAAGACUGUUGGAAAAGUUUUUCAUAGUUGUGAUGUCUUCACUAUUCUACAAUGUAGAAAAGUUUUUUAAAUUAGAAAAACCCUGGAAUGAGUAGGUGUGUAAACUUGACUGGUAGUGUAUGUAUGAAAAUAUCUUAAAAUAAAAGGUGACAUUCUGUACUGUCACCUCAUUUGAAACAUUUUUAUUUCAAAUACAAAAGGUUGGCACAGAGACUUUAAAAAAUGUAGCUUCACUGUCCAAAUACACAUGGUGUUGAGUGUACAAAACAUUAGGAACUCCUUCCUAAUAUUGAGUUGCACCUCCCCUUUUGCCCUCGGAAUAGCCUCAAUUUGUCAGGGAAUGGACUCUACAAGGUGUCAAAAGCAUUCCACAGGGAUGCUGGUCCAUGUUGACGCCAAUGCUUCCCACAGUUGUGUCAAAUUGGCUGGAUGUCCUUUAGGUGGUGGACCAUUCUUAAAAACACAGGAAACUGUUGCGCAUGAAAACUCAGCAGCGUUGCUGUUCUUGAUAGAAACUGGUGCACCUGGCAUCUACUAAUAUUUUAUCUUGGCCAUUCACCCUCAAUGGCACACAUACACAAUCUAUGUCUCAAAGCUUAACAAUCCUUCUUUAACCUGUCUCCUCCCAUUCAUCUACACUGCUUGAAGUGGAUUUAGCAAGCGACAUCAAUAAGUGAUGAUAGCUUUCACCUGAUCAAUCUGUCAUGGAAAGAGCAGGUGUUCCUAAUGUUUUGUAUACUCUAUCUGCUCAAUCUUACAUUUUUCUCUUUUCAAAAUGUAAACAUUGUAUUAUGAUAAUUGCUUUAUCUAAUUAGUGCAAUAUAAUGGUGGGUUUUUCUUCCUCAGUCAUACCGUAAUUGGUAGUGGGAUCAAUUGGAUGAGGAUUUGGUGAUGGCAGGUAAUAGCUCCCCCAACUGUUUGGGUUAAGGGUCAAAUCAGGAUUUGAGGCCCUAAUUUGUAUUUCCUGUGUUAAUAACAAUUACAACAUAUUAAAUUGUUGUGUAUUCUA